GAAGAAAAGGCUUCUCUUUUACAUCGCACUCAGGAAGAAAGGAGGAAGAGAGAGGAAGAAAGGCGAAGACUAAGAAACGCAGUGAUUAUCCAGUCGUUCGUUCGAGGCCACAGAGACAGAAAACAGCAAAUUUCUAGGUAGGUGGGUUUCCAGUGAGUUUUAAGUAACACAGGCCUGGACUGAACAGUGGCUGGUCACAUACCUGCUCCCUCUGCUUCCAGUACUCCAUCCAGAGAUGUGCUUUUGACCGCUGCGCAGACUCAGCACAGCCUGGUAGCGCCUUCUCCCUUUCUGACGGUCCCAACCUUACCCGACUGGUGAGGCAGCUUCUGUUUUUUUACAAGCAAAGUGAAGACUCCAGACGCUUGAUAUGGCUGUAUCAGAACCUAAUUAAAUACAGCUCCGUGUUUGUCAAGCAGUUGGAUGGAUCAGAGAGACUGACAUGCUUAUUUCAAAUAAAGAGGUUGAUGAGCAUCUGUUGCAGGUUGCUGCAGAACUGCAAUGAUGACAGUUUGAAUGUCGCGCUUCCAAUGAGAAUGCUUGAGGUGUUUUCAUCUGAGAAUACUUACUUGCCUGUUCUUCAAGAUGCUAGCUAUGUGGUGUCAGUGAUUGAACAAAUUUUGCACUACAUGAUUCACAAUGGGUAUUAUCGGUCUCUCUACUUGUUGAUUAACAGCAAGCUUCCAUCAAGUAUUGAAUAUUCUGAUUUAUCUCGCGUUCCUAUAGCAAAGAUUUUGCUGGAGAAUGUCCUAAAACCGUUGCACUUUACAUACAGCUCCUGUCCUGAAGGUGCAAGGCAUCAGGUUUUCUCGGCCUUCACUGAGGAGUUUCUGGCAGCACCUUUUACUGAUCAGAUUCUUCAUUUCGUCAUUCCAGCUCUGGCAGAUGCCCAGACCGUCUUCCCUUAUGAGCCCUUUCUGAAUGCACUGUUGUUACUAGAGAGUUGGUGCUCAAAGUGGAGCAGCAGGGCACCGUGGCUCUUCUAUUUUGUUUUAACUGUUGGCGAGAACUAUUUGGGAGCGCUCUCUGAGGAUGGCCUGCUGGUUUAUCUGCGAGUACUCCAGACUUUCCUCUCCCAGCUGCCCGCCUCGCCCACUGGUGCUGGCCGUCCAGACUCUACCAGUGACUCUGAGGACGACAGUGAGGAAGCAGACCAGCCUAGCAGCCCUGAGGAUGGCAGGGUCUCAACCCCAUACAUCACUGAGGAGUGUCUGAGAAAGCUGGAUACGAAGCAGCAGACAAACACCCUGUUGAACUUGGUGUGGAGGGACUCUGCCAGCGAGGAGGUCUUCACGAGGAUGGCCUCCAUCUGCCACACGUUGAUGGUGCAGCACCGCAUGAUGGUGCCCAAAGUCAGGCUUCUCUACAGUUUAGCUUUUAACGCCAGGUUUCUGAGGCACCUUUGGUUUCUCAUCUCUUCCAUGACAACACAGAUGAUCACAGGGUCUAUGGUGCCAUUGCUUCAGGUGAUAUCACGGGGUUCUCCCAUGUCUUUUGAGGAUUCCAGUCGAAUCAUCCCACUCUUUUACCUCUUCAGUUCCCUGUUCAGUCAUUCCCUGAUUUCCAUACAUGACAAUGAGUUUUUUGGUGACCCCAUAGAAGGUCAGAGACAAUCAUCCAUGAUGCCUUUCACUCUGGAGGAACUGGUCCUACUAUCCCGCUGCCUUCGGGAUGCCUGCCUGGGCAUCAUCAAACUGGCAUAUCCAGAAACAAAGCCAGAAGUCCGGGAAGAGUAUGUAACCGCGUUUCAGAGCAUCGGGGUCACUACCAGUUCUGAGAUGCAGCAGUGCAUACAGAUGGAGCAGAAGCGAUGGAUUCAGUUGUUCAAGGUUAUUACCAACUUAGUGAAAAUGCUGAAGUCCAGAGACACAAGGAGGAAUUUUUGUCCUCCAAACCACUGGCUGUCAGAACAGGAGGACAUUAAAGCAGAUAAGGUCACCCAGCUCUACGUGCCUGCAUCCAGACAUGUGUGGAGGUUCCGGAGGAUGGGGAGGAUUGGCCCACUGCAGUCUACCCUGGAGGUGGGUUUGGAAUCACCUCCGCUGUCCGUGUCUGAGGAGCGGCAGCUUGCCAUUCUGACGGAGCUUCCUUUCGUGGUUCCAUUUGAGGAGCGAGUGAAGAUCUUUCAGAGGCUGAUUUAUGCAGACAAGCAAGACGUUCAAGGAGAUGGUCCAUUUCUGGAUGGAAUUAAUGUCACAAUAAGAAGAAAUUAUAUUUAUGAAGAUGCUUAUGACAAACUUUCUCCAGAAAACGAACCAGAUUUGAAAAAGCGGAUCCGUGUGCACUUGCUCAAUGCCCAUGGCCUGGAUGAAGCUGGCAUCGAUGGUGGUGGUAUUUUCAGAGAGUUUUUAAAUGAACUACUGAAAUCAGGAUUUAAUCCCAAUCAGGGGUUCUUUAAGACUACUAAUGAAGGGCUUCUGUACCCCAACCCGGCUGCUCAGAUGCUUGUGGGAGAUUCUUUUGCAAGACAUUACUACUUCCUAGGCAGAAUGCUUGGAAAGGCUCUGUAUGAAAACAUGCUGGUGGAGCUGCCCUUUGCUGGCUUUUUCCUGUCCAAGCUGCUGGGUACCAGUGCAGAUGUGGACAUUCACCACCUGGCUUCCUUGGACCCUGAAGUCUACAGGAACCUGCUGUUCCUCAAGAGCUAUGAAGAGGACGUGGAGGAGCUGGGACUAAACUUCACUGUGGUGAACAACGACCUGGGGGAAGCCCAGGUGGUUGAACUGAAGUUUGGUGGGAAAGACAUCCCAGUCACUGGGGCCAACCGCAUCGCCUACAUCCACCUGGUGGCCGACUAUCGGCUGAACAAGCAGAUCCGCCCACACUGCCUGGCAUUCCGCCAGGGCCUGGCCAAUGUCGUCAGCCUGGAGUGGCUCCGAAUGUUUGACCAGCAGGAAAUUCAGGUAUUAAUUUCUGGUGCACAAGUUCCCAUAAGUCUGGAGGACCUAAAAUCCUUUACAAACUAUUCAGGAGGCUACUCUGCUGAUCAUCCUGUCAUUAAAAUCUUUUGGAGAGUUGUAGAAGGUUUCACUGAUGAAGAAAAGCGCAAGUUGCUAAAGUUUGUAACAAGCUGCUCUCGUCCCCCUCUCUUGGGGUUCAAGGAGCUAUACCCCGCAUUCUGCAUCCACAAUGGAGGCUCUGACCUUGAGCGGCUCCCCACAGCCAGCACCUGCAUGAACCUGCUGAAGCUCCCGGAGUUCUACGAUGAGGCCCUGCUGCGGAGCAAGCUGCUCUAUGCCAUCGAGUGUGCCGCUGGCUUUGAGCUUAGCUGAACUGAGCCCAAAGAGCUAGAUCUGACCCAACAGCAGCCAGCAGCCUGCCAGGUCCAUGAGAGUACUCAGGCGUGACCCAUGGCUCUCCUUGGGCCUUCUUUGUGGCAUUCCUCCCCUUCUAAUUUUUUAGAUGAUUUUAUUGUGACAUGGUCACUUGUGUAGAUGGAUAUUGCUUUUUGAAUAACUUAACCAUUGUUAUGUGCCAUGUGGCUGGUUUAGUAAUUUUGCCAAGAAGAGCACAGGUUUUAGGCUAGUGGCAACUCAGUGAAAUUAACCAAAGAUGAAGCUUUGGCCUUGGUGACCCAGUAGCAUCCCCUCCUGGGUUGGGCACCUGCGUCUGCAGAGUCUGGAGCUGAGAUGCAGAGCUCUGGGCCACUGCUUCUCAUGUGGUUGAUUGUUUACAAGCCUAAUUGUAAAAACUAAAGGCAUUUUUUCCUACUGCCUUUUCCCAAAGUGGUUAGGUUUGGAAAACACAUAGCGAUAGUAUUAUUUUAUUUGUGCUUUUGAAGCCAUUUCCCCAGGCAGGACUCGCAUGCUUGUUUUCAGAAUCCCACUGACCUGUGUCGUGAGGUUUGGACAGUGCUGUGUGGGUGUGAGGUGACUCCUGCACUCACUGCUCUGUUCCUGUCUCUGCCUUGUGCCUGGAGAGCUUUCGAGGGAGGAGGAGGAGGGUCCCCGCACUUCCUGAGGCAGCUGUGUCCCCUGUAGUGAGUGGUGAUUGGGGAUGUGGGCACUGCGGCUUCUAUUAAAGUCAUUUGAACCAAAGUGGCAGGCUGCGUCUCUCCGUGACCCACGCGCCCUCCUGGCCCAGCCAUACUGCCGUCAUCCCAGGUGUCUUGGGGGGACUCGCCGGGCCCCAGCACCUAUGCUUCCUCCUGCUGUUCUGACAGGAAGACGGCAUCCUUGGCGUGUGCCAGGGGAACAGCCACAGGCGAUUCUCACUAGGCACUUUAUCAGGGUCUGUCUUGUUGCCUGGUGACCUCUGCCUCUGCAAACGGAAAGCAGGGAAGCAUCUGGGAGGCCAACAUGCAAGGAAUGGCCUGCAGGGAGCUGGCAAGGACUCCAGACCCAGUGUCUCCAACCAGUCCAGCAUCUGUGUGGCUGGAAGCUCUUCAUGCUGGUGGGGCUAGGUGACCAGAAUUAGCAAUAUACCUUUAAGUGUGGGAAACCUGAAUGACACUUUUAAGACAAUGACCGUUAUCAAAUAAAAUGUGUAAUUUCUUAAUUUGAAUCAUAAA